AUCUCACGAGAGAUAUUGACUGAGAGAGCUAGGGUUAGGGAAUUGAGUUUCGCUUUCGCUUUCGCAUCGAAGAGCUCGUAAAAUUGUUGAGAUCAUGUCUUCGAGGAAAAUUACUUUGAAGAGCUCCGAUCUCGAAUCCUUUGAAGUCGAUGAGGCCGUGGCGCUUGAGUCGCAGACGAUCAAGCACAUGAUCGAGGACGAUUGUGCCGACAACGGCAUCCCUCUGCCCAACGUGACCAGUAAGAUCUUAGCCAAGGUAAUCGAAUACUGCAAGAAGCACGUCGAAGCCGCUAGUUCCGAGGAGAAGACCUCCGACGAAGAUAUCAAGGCUUGGGAUGCUGAAUUCGUGAGGGUUGACCAGGCUGUGCUGUUUGAUCUCAUUUUGGCAGCUAACUACUUGAAUAUCAAGAGCUUGCUGGAUCUGACUUGUCAGACUGUGGCAGGCAUGAUCAAGGGGAAGACACCAGAGGAGAUUCGUAAGACCUUUAGUAUCAAGAAUGAUUUUACCCCUGAGGAAGAGGAGGAAGUCCGUCGGGAAAACCAAUGGGCAUUUGAAUAAACUGUUUGACUUUUGGAAAAGUACAAUCAAGGGUUUGCCAAUGUGGGUGUGCUACUAUAUGCUUAACAGUUCAUCUCGCUGAGUCUAUAUUUCUGUUGACUAUGUUUACUUUUGAGACUUGGAUUUCUUGUUAAACAUGCGUAAUUGUAAAUGAUUAGUUGAAUGAAUUUAAUUUAAAUGUCUUGGAUCUCGCGUGGUUUUGCUA